CGCGGAGUAUGCGCCUUGAGUUGUUGGCGCCCGAAUUUGAGUUCGGUUUCAAAAAAUCGAAGAAUUAGUUUCUUGCCAAAAACGAUUUUUUUUAUUAUAGUUACCUACGGGAUUCUUCUUAGUUAAUGGAUUAUGGUCUGUGAGGAACCAAUAAGGGCAUCCAUUUGGCAUGCGCUUCACCAUUAUGCAUAUUCAGAUGCAGUAUUUCUAGCAGAGAGGUUAUUUGCCGAAGUGGGCUCAGAUGAUGCUCUACAUUUGCUUGCAUCUUGCUACUACCAAGCAGGGCAGAUCAAGAGAGCCUACUCUCUUCUUCAGACAAAUGGAUGCCCCACACCUUUAUGUCGCAUUCUGUUUGCUAAGUGCUGCAUGUUACUAGACAAACUUGCUGAGGGAGAGAUGGUGCUGGCAGGAGGAUGUCUGUUUACUAAUGGCAAACCAAUAGAAACCAUAGCAGCAGAGUUUGGUACCUCCGCAGGGUAUGCCCUGUCAAUCCUUGGACAAAUAUGCAGGAAAUCUGAUCAAAGCAAGCGAGCAGCUGAAUGCUUCAAGAGCAGUUUACGACACAAUCCAUUCCUAUGGACCUCAUUUGAAGCACUCUGCAAUUUGGGUGAAAAACCUGAUGAGAUGGAAUACUUUAAGUCUUCUUCUUGCACAAAGAUAUUGUCUUCACUUAUGCAACGGGAAACCAUGACAACAGGCAUUGCAACAAGCACCAUGGCAACGAACCCAGCAGCAGACAGUCAGCAGCAGCCAAUAAAGUGCAUGGCUGAAAAUCUAGACCCCUCCAGCAAUAAUACGCCACUACCUAUCGGGAAUUUUUCAUUUGACCAAGCUGGAAAUAAUACUCCAGGAAGUGACAGUGGUUUUCUCAUACCUCCCACCCCUAUGAGUCUCAUUAGUGAAAACAGAGUGAGAGCCCGUGUAGGGAGGAAUUUGCUUGGAGCUACACAGACUUCAAGUCCAUUAUCGCCCAGUUUUGGGAUUUUGCCCUGCGACACUCCUGUUGACCAGAACACUGUGCCCUUCAUCACACCGUCACCAGCUGUGCUGGGUGGAACUGAUAUGCAUUCAGGCAAUACUCCAAAGGCUCCUUUGAAAAAGGGUGUUAGAAGGAGUGACACAACAUCCACAAGGUCUACAGUGGUAUCGACUGUCCACACCACCUCGGCACCCUCCCAGAUACUGACCAGAGCAUCGCCCUCUCACCCCAGUGUCAGUCAGUCUCUUUUUCCAUCAUCCACCACCAACAAAACAGUGCGCCGCAGUACCCGCCUCUUCACCAUGUCUUCAAACUCAAGCGGAGAAAACAGAGUCCCCGAAAUCAAGAAGUCUAGAAGUAACAGGACAAGCACAGUAAGAAAGACUCGGCGACAGUCUAGCAGGAGUACCACCCCUCAAGACUUAGAAAAGUCAAGUGACUUGAUUGGUGACUCCAUCAACCAGAAUGGGGACAAACCAACCAGGACAUCCAUAACACAAGAUAGUUUAGAUGGUCUGAUGGCGUUGCUGAGGCAUAUAGGCCAAGCCUAUCGCCAGCUAUGUGGCUAUGAGUCAAGGGAGGCACUUCUGUUAUUUUCAACCCUUCCAACCCACCACUACAAUACAACUUGGGUAUUGAGUCAAGUUGGGCGGGCUCACUUUGAGCUAGCAGAAUACCAACUGGCUGAGAAGGUAUUUUCACAAGUCCAGCACUUGGACCCCAGCCGUCUUGAAGGCAUGGAGAUUUACUCCACUAUUCUAUGGCAUCUUCAGAAGGAAGUUGAACUCUCAUCUUUAGCUCAUCACCUGGUUGAAGUGGACAGGUCAUCUCCAGAGGCCUGGUGUGCUACUGGGAACUGCUUCAGUCUCCAGAAAGAACAUGACACAGCCAUCAAGUUCUUCCAACGUGCUGUGCAAGUCGACCAAGCCUGUACCUAUGCCUACACACUCUUAGGUCAUGAGUACGUUCUGACGGAGGAGCUGGAUCGGGCCAUGUCCUGCUACAGGAUGGCAAUUAGGAGUGACCCCAGACACUAUAAUGCAUGGUAUGGUGUUGGGAUGAUCUACUACAAGCAGGAGAAGUUUAAUCUGGCUGAAGUACACUUCAGAAAGGCAUUGUCUAUAAACCCGUCAAGCUCUGUUCUUUAUUGCCAUGUAGGAGUGGUCCAGCAUGCAAUGCGUAAGUCUGAGGCAGCCCUCGCCACCAUCAACAAGGCGAUGCUUAUCGACCCCAAGAACCCACUGUGCAAGUUCCACCGUGCAUCAAUAUUGUUUUCUAUCGACAAGUACCAGGAGGCCUUGCAUGAGCUCGAAGACCUUAAGAAGAUCGUACCGAGGGAGGCUUUGGUCUAUUUCCUUAUUGGAAAGGUCUAUAAGAAGCUCGGUCAGGCUCACCUAGCACAGAUGAACUUCUCUUGGGCCAUAGACCUCGACCCGAAAGGGGCCAACAACCAAAUCAAAGACGCCAUCGACAAACGCUAUCUCCCAGAUGAUGACGAUAGCACUGCUGGGUUGGGUGGGCCUGGGGACGAGUCUGCCAUGGACCAAUCAACGGGCAAUGAUCUUUCUGAUAAUGAGCCAAUGGGGUUCGAACUUGAUUCUGGUAGCAAUUCAAGCAUGGUCUUAUUCUAGUUUGCUGGGACCGUUUUAUUUUGUAGUCAAACAGAUUUUCACCUGUCACGUUAUAGCUCAGAAUUUGCGCCGGACGCCGUUUCAUGUUAUGCUUUCACACAGAAAGCAGCAAAUAUGAAUUUCCCGCAGAUUGCAGCGAAUAUAAAUCAAUGCCCCUUAUUUUUCCUUCGUGCUUGAAGUCCUAGCGAGCAGGCUAGGGGCAGGGCCUGUCUAGAAUAGAGAGGAGAGGAGAGAAGGCUUUGCUAUGAUUGACAGAAAGUGCCUCCUGGAUUCAUAUGCGUAUGGUUUAUUCAAAUAAUGACAAUUGUACAUAAACAAUUCUAUUGCUAAAAAAUACAUAUUAGGCAUAUGGCGAUUUAUAUAAGUUUAUAUCUGAAUAAACCUUUUAUUCGAGCCGA